UCAAUGAUGACAAUCUUGACUUGCGGUUAAGAGUAUAUAAAUUCGUGUGUGUGUAAUGAGAUGAUGUUCAUUUGUGUGGAUAAUGUGUUUGUUUAGACUAUAUAUAUAAAAUAUGUAAAAUAAAAGUAGGCUGCAUUUAAAGUUUUAUUAUUGUCUGUUAAAUAAGCAACUUUUAAUUUGUCUGAACAAACAUGGGGAGAAAAUUAUAUCUUUGCUACCAUACCGUCUUCCUCACUGCUUUUAUUGUUGAGCUUGUCAACUGCACUAGAGGCUCAGCCUCCCAGCAAACCUCCCGCUUCUCUACUUAUGAGGUGACUGUACCCAAACGCAUAACAAGACAGAAGAGAGAUCUGGAUGACCAAGACACAGGGAAGGUGUCUUACACCAUCCAAGCCCAGGGCAAGGAGCAUGUUGUGGUUCUGAAGAGGAAUAAGCUCCUGCUUCCUAAGGAUUUCACCGUUUACACAUAUGACAAAGAUGGCUCUCUUAUCACUGAAAGACCUGACAUGCAGAAUCACUGCCACUACAAAGGCUAUGUGGAGGACAUAGAGUUUUCGUCUGCAUCUGUCAGCCUUUGCUCCGGACUCAAUGGGUUCCUGACGAUAGGGAACGCUACACUCGGGAUCGAGCCUCUGGAGGGUUCCUCUGACUUUGAGCAUGUGGUGUACCGCUUGGAGAAUGAGAAGACGGAACAACCUGUCGGCUGCGGAACCCCUCACACCCAUCGCCAUGAUGACAACGACACCUCUUCCACUGCCCAAACCAUCGUCCACUCUCACAGUGACGUAUCUGGGCUCCCUGUCAGUCAUCUACUCAGAGGGAGGCGAGCUGUAAUGCUGCAGACACACUACGUGGAGCUGAUAAUCGUGUUGGAUUACAAAGGAUUCAAAAAAGUGAAUAAUGAGACCCAGACUCGAGAGCAUAUGAUACAACUUGCUAAUCGCCUAGAUAGUAUGUACGAGGCCCUGAACAUCCGUGUGGUGUUGGUGGGGCUGGAGAUCUGGACGGCAGGGAACCUCAUCAAUGUGACCAGCGAUGCUGGGAGUGUGCUGAGAGGUUUCACGGACUGGAGGAGGCAGAAUCUGACGCCCCGCCAACGCCAUGACUCUGCUCAUUUUGUGGUGAAUCAGCACUUUGGAAAAAUCGCAGGGCUGGCCUUCGUUUCCGCUGUCUGCAGCAGUAUAAGUACUGGAAUUAACAUUUAUGGCAGUACGGGCUACCUCUCGAGGAUCAUGGCUCAUGAACUGGGGCACAACCUGGGGAUGGGUCAUGAUCGUGUGGGCUGCUACUGCUCAGGGGGUGAUUGCGUCAUGGGCGCCCGUACCAAGUGUGGAAACUCAUGUGAUGAUAAAGUAUUUAGCAGCUGCAGCGCUGAUUACUUUGAGUCCAUGAUGCUGCGGCUUGGCCACUCAAACUGCCUGCUCAACAUUCCACAGCCACACGAGACCUACCGCAAGCCCUACUGCGGCAACAAGUUAGUGGACCCGGGCGAGGAGUGUGACUGUGGCUCUGAGGAGGAGUGUGAGAAAGACCUGUGCUGUGAGCCAAAAACCUGUAAGCUGAAGUCCUGGGCUCAGUGUGCCUAUGGUGAAUGCUGCAGGAACUGUAAAUUCCUGCCAGGUGGCUACGAGUGCCGCAGCCGGUCAGACGAGUGUGACCUACCUGAGUACUGCAACGGCUCGUCUCCUGUCUGUCAGGCUGAUAUGUAUUUGCAGAACGGACACCUCUGCAAGAACAGCCAAUCAUACUGCUACAACGGCAUAUGCCAGCACUACGAUGGUCAAUGCCAGACCUUGUUUGGCCCCAAGUCAAAGUCAGCUGCCGACGUUUGUUAUGAAGUUGUGAAUUCUAAGGGGGACCGCUUUGGAAACUGUGGCAGGAACCGGCUGUGCAGUGCCAGGAAUGCCAAGUGUGGGAAGCUGCAGUGUGAGAAUGUGAACUCUGGUACAGUGUUUGACAUCCACCCCUCCAUCAUCUCAACCUCCAUUGGUCCAAACAAGUGCUGGGGGGUGGACUUCAUGAUGGGGCCUGAUGUGAUGGAUCCGGGUAUGGUAAAAGAUGGAACAAAGUGUGGGGAGGACAGGGUGUGCUUGAAUCAUGAAUGCAAGGGUGUAGCAGAGCUCAAUUAUGACUGUGACAUAAAGGACAAAUGCCAUGGCCAUGGGGUCUGUAACAACAUUAAGAACUGCCACUGUGAUUAUGGCUGGGCUCCUCCAUUCUGCAAGGAUGAGGGCUAUGGGGGCAGCGUGGACAGCGGCCCCACAUGGAACGAUAAAGAUACAUCCCUCAGGGAUGGUUUGCUGACGUAUUUCCUUCUAGUUCUACCUCUGCUCCUGUUGGGUCUAUUUGUGUUUCUUGGUUGGAACCGGCUGCAACAACAGCUCUGCAGGAGGAGGGCUGAAUCUGGACAGCAGACCAGCAACCAAGACCCAACUGCUCAGACUGGAAACCCUUUUAAUGAUGGAGUUGUUCAGUCCUCAAACACAGCCUUUGUGCCCUCUGGACUCUGGGUCCCUCAGCCACUACACAAGCUCCAUACUGUAGAGACACAUGUAAGACCUCAGCGACCUCCUCCUCCUCCUCCACCUCCUGUGUAGUGCUCACUCUACCAAGGCAAGGGUGUGUGUGAAGAUCCAGGCGUGGGUGUAUACACAUGAGAGGCAGUAUAGAGUACCAGCUGUUGGCGAACCAAUUGCUCUCAGUGUUGUGAAAAUAUCACAGAUUAUGCAGGAAGUCAUAUUCUGUUUAGAUGAUGAAAAAAGUGUUUUCUAAGUCUAUUCUUUUCUUAGGAUUACAGCUGACUGUAUCACAAGAUAGAAU